AUGAUCAACCCUCUCAGCCAAUGGACCCAGUUCUGGUAUGAAAAAGCACUUGCGUACUUUCCACAGAUCCAAAAUCGAAUGACAAGCAUCCAAUCCUCGAUCUUCUGGAAUCUUCUCCAGCGAAUCUUCUACAACCCCGUCAUUACCGCCUUCGAACUCUCAAUUCGCGAACUAAAUGCAUUCCUCGCCGCAGCAGUUGAAAAACUAACCUUCGAUUCAUUGACGGAAAUGAGUAAAGGGGAGCAGCUUUCACCAGAAGCCCAACGAUUUCAAAUCAUCAAAACAAUCCUCCAGGAGUACAGCGAUAUCAUAAUCGGAAAAGACCUCUGGCUCAGCAAGAGCGUCCUCGGAAACGACCUCUAUUCGCACCUGGUCAAUCCUGAGAAAGUGAAAGACAUGAAAAAUCGACAGAAACAGUUCAAACAAUACAAGAAAUCCGGCCCUCUUGAUCUUCUCGCUCUCAUCCGAAAUUUCCGAACCCACUACGAUCAGCAACCGCUCGAGCUUCGUCAAAAAGUCUUCAACCACAAAAACCUCGAUCACGUGGCCGCCGUCCAAGAUUACUAUUCCUACUUCGACCAGAAGUUCCCGGGAUUUUUGCUCUUCGUCUACGAUGCCGCUAGUUUUGCCAAAUCAAGUGCGCUUGGCGAAUUUUACUACAAUCCCUGCACAGUCGACAUCUUGGACUUUGACACAUGCUACGCCAGUUUUGCCCAGCUGUUCCAAAGGCACUUCAAUCAUCUUUUGGACUACGAGCGUUUCAAGAAGCUCUUCGAACAGACGCUCAAGCAGACGAAGUUCCUCUCCCACGAGAUCGUCGUGAACCAGUCCUGGAUUGAAGACAUGGAAGACAAGUUUGAAAUCAAAGAAAAACUGCCGAAGACUGGGCGAAAAAUGUCCGAAUCCUCCAUGAAGGAACGCGCCUCUCCCAUGCGAAAGCAGCGCAAGAACUCUCGAAACUCAACUUACUAA